AUGUAUGCUGCAUCGGUAUUGAACAAAGAUGAUAGUGAUGAUUCUAGUGCAGCCAAAGUAAAUGAUGACAACCAAGAUCAUAUAAAUUUAUUAAAUGAAAGACAAAGUACAGACUUCCAUGGUGUGUCUCCUGAUGAAUAUUUUAGUCUUAUGAUGGGAAAACGUCAAUUGGAAUCGCAUGGUAUUCUUCUUGGAAAACGUCGACUUCCAUCAGAAUCCAUUCUUCUUGGUAAACGUCGACUCCCAUCAGAAUCUAUUCUUCUUGGUAAACGACGUCUUCCUUCAGAAUCUAUCCUUCUUGGAAAACGUCGUCUUCCAUCAGAAUCUAUUCUUCUUGGCAAACGUCGUCUUCCAUCGGAAUCUAUCCUUCUUGGUAAACGACGAUAA